AUGUAAACGUGUCUGAUCAGAUUCAAUUGUGGACCACCAUAUUCCCUAAUGGUUUCUUCAGUUUUUGCGGAUAGACUACACAAGAAGCUUCUCUUGUUCGAUGUUGAUGAAACGCUUACUCGUGCUCGACAAACUGCCUCGCCAGAGAUGAUCCAAGUCUUGCGCGAGCUCAGGACAAAAUUUGUCAUAGGUUUCGUUGGAGGAUCUGAUCUAGUCAAAAUCUCAGAGCAAUUGUCUGUCGAUGGAAGUAAUGCUGUCGAAGACUUUGACUACGCCUUCGCCGAAAACGGCCUGAUCGCUUACAAGCUGGGACGACCGCUUCAAUCUCAGUCAUUCAUCAAGUAUCUCGGCGAGGACAACUACAAGAAGCUUGUAAACUUUAUUCUCCACUAUCUCGCUGAUAUGGACGUCCCGGUGAAACGUGGUACUUUUGUUGAAUUCCGAAAUGGCAUGAUUAACGUCAGUCCCAUUGGGCGCAAUGCUACGAAAGAGGAACGAUAUGAAUUCGAAGCUUAUGACAAGAUUCACGGACUACGAGCCGCCUUUGUUAAGGUUCUCCAGGAGAAGUUUGCCGAUUAUGACCUAACGUAUUCAAUCGGUGGCCAAAUCUCCUUUGAUGUAUUCCCUCGCGGCUGGGAUAAGACGUAUGCACUUCGUCACGUCGAAGAUGAAGGCUUCGAAGAAAUUCAUUUCUUCGGGGACAAGACGUACAAGGGAGGAAAUGACUACGAAAUUUUCACCGACCCUCGGACCAUUGGCCACACAGUUGCCAAUCCUGUAGAUGCCAUACGCAUUUUGAAGGAGUUGUAUCUAGAUCCUUGAGAGCAUAGAUGAUUAGACAGAAAUUAGAAGAUGGGAAGGCAAACAUAGAAUUUUGGAAUAUUUUUGAAUACUUGGCUAGACGUUGGCAAUUACACCCUUCAUA